AUGAGCCACAUCAAGGGUGGAGGCCGAGCGCCUCUGAGUGAGGAAGUCGAAGAAGCUCUGACAGCUGUACUUUUUGCGCUGCGAGAGCCCGACACGAAGAUCCAGUCGGAACAUGAACGAAAGCGUGAACACAAACGUUUCAUCAAGAAGCUGAAAGAGAGACAAGAUCGCAGAGCACUCACAAGAAAAGUGAACCAAGAUGAAGGAGGUGCACUGGAGACGACAACAUCUCAAAUCCAAGCAGUGACAAGUCAAUUGGAAGAUAAUCCAUCAUCAACGGGCAACAAAAAAGUGCGCGUGGAGCUGGUCGAAGCCAUCUUUGGAUCUGCCGGCAACAAAGGCUCCAGCAAGAAAGGGGGGAAGUCUUCUAGUAGCAAGAACGAAUAUAAAGAAGGGGCCAAGAAAACAAUGGUCUUCACAUUGUCUACGAGAGUUGAAGACGUACUCAAGGAUGCCAAAGCCAAGCUCAAGAUGAAAAAGAAACCAAUCAGGUGCUUUGUGGUGCAGAAAAAAGUUUCGGUGGACUUGGUAGGGGAUCUUCGCGGAAUCAAAGAUGGAGAUAAAGUCUAUGUCACGUCUCAGGAAGACCCCACAAAAACGACAACUGCAAGCAGCGAAACCAAACCAGUCCCGUCCGCUGCUGCUGACGACGAGGAAGAUCCUCUGGAGGCAGUGAAACAAGCUUACAAGCAGCGCAAACGCCAGCGAAGAUCAAUCCGACAUGCCCCCCGAAAAGUCCUAAACGAACUCCCCACCUUUUCAUAUCAUUUUGAUAAGCUGAUGCCCCUACCUCCCCAGAGGGCCAAUCUACCUGCAGCGUCCUGUCGGGAAACUAUUUUGGAAGCUUUGGACACGGGGCGGGUCUUGAUUGUUUGUGGAGCAACUGGAUGUGGAAAAUCUACCCAGCUACCCCAGUUUUUGCUGGAGGGAAUGACGGCAGCUGGGCUACGGGACAGCACAAACAUUAUUGUAUCCCAGCCAAGAAGGGUGGCCGCAACAGCUCUGGCGUAUCGUGUGUCAAAUGAAAUGAGCUCUGGAGCUCCUGGAACGAAGGGCUCUGAAGUUGGGUACAUGGUCAGAUUGGAUCGAGCCGUCUCGAGUACUUCAAAGAUUGUUUAUUGUACAGUCGGUAUCCUUCUGAGGAUGCUAAUUAGCCCAAUGGAGGCUGGCGACGAUUUUGUCGAGGGUGAUACUGAAGCUGUGCCAUUAUCGAACGUUUCCCAUGUCGUUAUCGACGAGGUGCACGAGCGAGACGUGAAUACAGACUUUGUGCUCACGCUGUUGAGGCGUCUUUUAAGUGUCAAUAAACGGAUUCGAAUCAUUCUCAUGUCAGCCACAGCAGCGGCUCAAUUGUUUGUGCGAUAUUUUGGAGACUACAAACCAACUGUUAUUGAUAUCCCGGGACGAUCCUUUCCUGUGGACAUCAAAUGGAUCUCCGAAUGCGAGCAGUUUGCCACUUCUUCUGUCAAAGGUUGGUCACCAAAAACUGAUUUGGAAGCAGAUCAGGCGAAGAACGUUUCACCUCGGGCCACUGCAAAAAUCGAUCACAGUUUUGUCAAGGACCUCAUAAGUGCCAUCGUCCGAAAGCAGCAGGCAGAUGGUGUGCUUGUUGCUUCUGGCGGUCAGGGCGCCCGCACAGAUGGGGCUAUUCUUGUAUUCCUUCCCGGAAAAGCUGAAAUCGAGGCCUCAGCCAAAGUUCUGUAUCAAGAUCCCCUCGUCGGGGACCGCUCCAAGUGCAACAUACUGAAACUACAUUCGACAAUUCCAAGAACAGAGCAGCAAUCUGUGUUUACUCCAGCAAAGGGGGGCACAGUGAAGAUUGUUCUCGCCACUAACAUUGCUGAAACAAGUAUAACCAUCGCAGACAUUUCACAUGUGAUCGACACAGGGCGAGUCAAGGAAAGCAGAUUCAAUGCAGAUACGCGAAUCAAGGAGCUAGUCACGGUUUGGACGAGCCGAGCGUCAGCAAAACAGCGUGCCGGCCGUGCUGGUAGAACAUCCGCAGGCACUUGCUGGCGGCUUUACUCAGAAGAAUUCUGUGAGGAGUUCCUGCUGCCUCAAACAUCUCCGGAAAUACUUCGAACCCCGCUGGAUGAACUUGUCAUACAACUAAGUCUUCUCUAUGAGAACAAACGAGACAAGACGAAGUCACAGCAUGCACAAGUGCCGGAGGGCGUGUGCCCCAUUCGAUUUCUCAGCAAUACACCAGAACCACCAUCGGACAAAAGCUUAGUGGAGGCUUGCAAACACUUGUUAGAAGUUGGGGCCUUAACGGUGGUGGCACGAGAACCAACGGUGCUCUACAGACUCACACCUUUGGGCUAUCACUUGUCAAGGCUACCGAUGGAUGCCAAGGUCGGUAAAGUGCUGCUCGUAGGUUGCUCGUUGGGCUGCCUCGAGAAUGCCUUGACAGUUGCCGCCGUCCUCUCAAACACAAAAUCAUGCUUCCCUCCACGAUGGGGAAGUGUGAAGGAGACAGAGUGGCAAAGCUGUAUUCAAGCUCGCAAAUCAUUGGUUGAGAAUGGAUUUGGCGGCAAAAGCUGGCGAGGCGGAACGGUGAAGGGCGACUUGACUGCAACCAUUGCAGUUUAUCGAGAAUGGACGAAGAAACGAAACGACAAAGAGCGCGCGGUAUUCUGCAACCGCAAUGGACUUGACAACGUAGCGCUGAAGGACAUGAGCAGUCUCCGAUCGCAGUUCCGUGACUGCCUCAAAGAUGCAGGUUUUGUUGGAGCCGAGCUGGAUUCAUGCAACAACGGAGCCAAUGAUGAUGCUUUGCUUACCAGUUGCUGCUUGGUCGCUGGGCUUUAUCCUAAUGUGGCCACCUUGAUGAGGCCCAGAAAGGGCGGCCCCAAAGGGGGGCGGCUCCUAACGAAAGACGGCGACGUUUGCAGACCCAGCAUGGGAUCCUUCCAAAACGAGCGGGUCCGCAAUGUUUCGGAAAGUGGAAGAGAUGCAUACGCUGUAUUCCACGCAAAACAUCGCAGCAUUGGCACUGGGGGUAGGCUGGGCGAUGUUUUCCUCGCGGAGGUCGACUUUGUUUCUCGGUUUGCUCUGUUGCUCUUUGGAGGCGAACUAUCUAUAGAAAAGAAUGCUUUGAUUGUGGAUGGGUGGCUGAAGUUCAAAGUGGGCGACAAGGGGGCAAAUAAUGGUAUUGUUCUGCUGCAAGAGCUCAGAUCUCAACUGGAUGCUGUCUUGCUGGAACAUGUCACAGCGACGGACGGAAGGCAUGAAGUGCAUCAAAACAACGAGAGACUCCUCCUCGUGCUGCGGCAGCUACUGACCGAGGAAUCUUAA